UUUCACAUCGCUACCCCAAUUUUGGGGUCCCCAAAAUAAACAACGCAAGGAAAAUACAACAGAGGCGCGCUUUCAGCAGCUGGCGCACUGAAAACCACUAGACUCGGUCCCGCUUGCAUCCCGGCAUGUCUUGCCGCGGGAGGUGCAGCGCCUAAGCCCGCGCAGCCGCCGCUGGAGCGCCCUGUCCGCCACGCAUUAUGCAAGUUGCAGUAACAGUAACGGACCGGAUCCAACUGUACCCGAACAGCCGCCAGUGGAAGUGGAAGUGCAAGAGGAAGAUCUCCAGCUUAGUGCCCAUGACCGCUGGUCCGCAGGCACUGCCGCCAGCAGAGCAGUCCACACAAUUGACAUGAACCAGAGACAUUCCGAACCAUUCUACAUAUCGCCACGGCUGUUCGACAACAGGCGGCUCAAGCGGCGCCGCUGUCGAUGGAUGGAACGCCUGCGGGAGCGCCAGCGGGUCUGCAUGGCCCAGACGCGCACCCAGGCCCAGGCUUCCAAGACUGACCGUUUGUCCCAGCAGCAGCGGCGCUAUAUGGCUGCCACUCUGCCCGCGGACGUAACCAUAGACUUGCUAUCAGAUGACGACGACGACCUGGAGGCGGCUGGACCGUCCACUGCCGCUGGCCACAAUCGCAUUCUGAAUCCUUCCCCCUGCCGCCCACACGUUAGGCAGCGACGGCAUAGAGUGGGUAGGAGGAAGGCGAGCACCCACUCUUACACUGUGACCGAGAGCAUCCUGAUAACCAGCGACGACGAGCACAACAUCCAGGAAGCCGGACGCCCGCAGCUCUGCAUGCGCUCGCCGCCGCCCCUUGCACCGCUCACCCUCUCGGAGACCAUCGAGGAGAUCACCGUUUCGCUGGUGCCGCGCAACUCCACCACUGCCAACUGCCAGUCGCGGAUAUCCGGCCAUCUUAAGCCCUGCCCAGUGCUCAAGGCGGCCACCAACGGGGAAAAAAUUGCCGGAGAAAGGGGCGGCAACGAUACGAAUUGCUUCCUGGAGGUGGAUGUGGGCGGUGGCGUCUCAGCCACGCUGGCCGACGAGACAACCGUGCAUACGGUCAUCGCCAACCGCAUAUACGAGCUCUCGCUAAGCAAGCUUCGGGAAGGCCUGGCCUCUAGUGGAGUGCCGGAGUAUACACACGACCUGCUGCCGGAACAGCUGCAGAAAUUGUCGCCGGCAUUGCGCGCCAAAGUGGCACCGCUGGUGGCGCCCUCGCCGCCUACGCCCAUCUCCCUAAAACUGUCCAGCGACCUCAGCAUAUCACUGAUCUCAGACGACGACGACUGCGAGAGCAGCGGCCCACAUGCCAGUGGAGGCGGAUUUGGUCGACCAGCCGAGAUGGUGCAUCCUGUCGUGGUGACGGCGGCGGAGGCACACGCUGCUGCGAAGUUGCUUAAGCAGCAGCAGCCGCAGCUCUCGGUCGUACAGCACCUGCAGUACGUCGGAGAGGGAAUCGCGGCACCCGUUGCUCUGGCCCUCCCGGUGAUGGCGCACGCCACCGCGUCCGCUUCCGCAGUAGCUCUGCCGCUGCAGCUUCCGCGCCGCCGAAAGCUGGGAUGAGCCUAAACUGUAUUCUGAUCCUGCUACCCAUCGCCAUGAAAUCAUUCCCCGAGCCGGACGUGCUGCUCAGACUUUAUCUAGCAGUGGCUAGUAGUGCAAAUAUGAACUUAGAUUUAUCGACAACCCAUCAGAGUUUCCCCUAUCAAAACCGUGCCAAGUGAUUUUUCGGACGUUUUUCCUCCCUUUAUCUUUCCGUGCCACACGCUCCCCAUCACACUCUGUUUCCCUUAUCUAUCCCUGUCUCUGUCUUUCUCAUAUUUUAAGCUUUAAAAGAAACGAGACGACAACGUACAAAAGAAAGUAGAAAGACGGUUAACCAUAUAUUUGAGCAAAAAAACAUUUGUAACUUUAAUAGGAAGGACUAGAAAAUUUGGAAGAUGAACCCAAUAUCUAUACCGUACAGUUUAGAUUAAGUUAUGCAUUGUGUACAUUUAAUUAAGUGGACCGUACGUGGGUGAUUCAACACGUGUUAUCCGCCGCAACCCCCAUUUAAUGUAACUGAUCACUAAAUCGGAAUAAACUUUUAUUGUAUAUAACUGUUCACAGA